AUGCGCAAUUGUCAUGCGGAAUCUGAGUAUCGCAACCGGCAUCCAGCAGAUUUUCUGGUACCAGACUCGUCCCCCCAGCUGAGCAAUCAGGGCGACACCACGUCUUCCGUGGUUACAAAUGCGAGCGACUCACCUUUGACUCGGCGACGAUUGUCCGAGGAGUCCGGCACCAAUGAAGACGGGGCGGCGACCGCUGACGACGAGGAUGUGAGAGAUAUCGGCGACAUCGUUUUCCCUGCUGAACAAGAUGAAUUCCAAGCCAGCAUGGGCAAGGGGAUGUUCAGUGAAGGCACCCCAGGAGCGCCUGCAACCAGCGGGCUAGCGUGCGGUUCUCUUUUGGAGGCCUUCAGAUUUGUUCCACCUAACUAUCAAGCACAGCAUAAUGUCAUGUCACAAGGCGGACUCAAUGACAUGCCUCGAUUUUCUCCCAGAGAUGAUGUAGGGUUUGGCCAACUUCAAAUCAUGAAUGAACAGGGGUGGAACACACGAAGAAGAGGUUAG